AUUUAAGAAAGUAAUAAACCUUUCUUAAGAUAUUUCUCCUUGUUUUCGGUUUCUAACAGAUCAUAAAAGGCUUCAUAACUUUCUUUUGUUUCUCCCUACUUACUUAAUUAUCUCAUUCCUGUCUCAUGGCAAACAUAGACAGAAUCGUCCUUCUUUCUUUGGUUAUGAUUCUACUUCUGCAGCAACAUUUUCAGCUGAUAGCAGCAUCACGUUCACCAAUGUUUCAUCCACCAGCUAUCCCUAGAGCCUCUGUAAUGAGAAAGCCAAUAAGACCUCCAGCGAUUGAUUUCAAUGGGUUUACCAUAAAUCGUUACAAGAUGAUCCAGUCAGAUGCUUUUCGGCCAACAAGCCCGGGACAUAGCCCUGGUGUUGGCCACGAUGAACCCCCAGGUGCUUACCCAUAGGCUCUUAACUGGCAGUGAGUUUUAUGACGUCAGAAUAAUGGUUUGCAGCUGAAAAAUAAAGUUUCUUCUGUACCGCUUAGUUGCUUUCCUGUCUUGUAGAAUGAGUUGUGGCUUUCAAAACUCAAAAGUAUCAUCUAUCUUUUUUCUUUUUUUCUUGUUAAAACCUUCUUUGAAGGUAAUGAUAUGAGUGCUGUAGCGCUUCUAUUUAUAAACUGAAUUUGUCUGUCACUGUUUCUUGCUUUGAUAAAUAAACCAAUGAAAAAAAG